AUGUGCUUGCAGCAUGAAGGUGAUCCUUCUGCAAAGAAGAAGAAGUCAAUUAACCGACAAGGUGUUCAACCUCCGAAUUGGGAGGAAAUACCCCUUCCACCCGAUCAUGUACUGAGUCAUCUCACGGAUGCGCACUGUCAUUCUACCGACUUGACUCAUGCGCCUGAAGUAUAUGAUGCUGUCAAAUUAGGUGGAUUGGCGUCUAUGGCUACGGUAGUAGAUGAUCAAGAUCGGACCAAAGCCCUAAGCUCAGAAAGGGGAUGGUGUAAUUCGUCUCAUCCUGAGAAGGGGAAAGGGAGGGAUGGGAAAGGAGUUGGUGUGGUAGCUUGUUUCGGCUAUCAUCCAUGGUUCACACAUCUCUAUACACUCUCCUCGCCAAACUCUAUUCCUUCAAAAGAAGAUCAUUAUUUUUCAUUAUUCCAACCAUCAUCUAAACAUUCUGAUUUACUCAAAUCACUCAUUCCAUAUUUACCCGAUCCAAUCUCGUUCGAACCUUUAUUAGAGAAACUUCGAGAUGAUAUAAGAGGGAGUUUGAAUCAAGGGAGGUUGACUAUGCUAGGUGAAGUUGGAUUGGAUGGAAGUGCGAGGAUGAGAUGGCCUAAAAAAGCCAAACAUCUACAUCCAGACUAUAAAGAUCAGCAUCAACAUCAAGAUCAAAACUCUGGAGCAAAUGUGAAGAGUCUUGUAGAUGAUGGCAAGGAAGGUGGACAUGAACAAAAAGAGGCAGAGGAGGAAGAAGAAGGAGAAGGAGAAGAAGAGUGGAAACGAUUAACUCCAUUCAAAGUACCAAUGUCACAUCAACGAGAAAUAUUAGAUGAACAAAUGGAAAUAGCAAUUGAGUUAGGCGUUAAUAUAAGUUUUCAUAGUGUUUCAUGUGCCGGACCAUCACUCGACGCACUGAUUAGCAUGCGUGAUAAACAUAAGAUGAAUUUCACAAAUAAGAUUAAUGUAGAUUUACAUUCUGCCGGAGGAUGGUCACCUGAAUUUUGGAAACAAGCUGAAAAGAACCUUUUGAACCUAUACGCGUCACCAUCGAUAUUUAUCACAUCCCGCUCACCAUCUGCUUCAUCGUUGAUAGCGUCGAUAUCCAAAGAGCGCUUAUUGGUCGAAUCUGAUUCUCAUGAUGUCAGACUUUCAGAUCGUUUGGUUUGGUCAGCAGCUGAAUGGGUAUCAAGAUGUAAAGGAUGGAAAUUGGAAGGAAGGGACACAAACCCUUCUGACAAUGAUACCAGUGAUGGCAAUAUCCAUACCCAAAAUCGAGUUGCUGAAUGGACCUUGUGCAGAGGAAACGACGACAGUGCAGAAGAGGAAGAGGAAGUCGAUGAACACGGUGACAUUGUACAAAAAGACGUUUGGACAGUAAGGACGCUGGAGAGAAAUUGGGCUAGGUUCAUGGGAUUAGUUGAUGAUUAG